AUGAUGUUCCCCGGGCUCCUCGCGCCCCCCGCCGGGUAUCCGAGCCUCCUGCGGCCCACGCCCACCUUGACGCUGCCCCAGUCCCUGCAGUCCGCAUUUGCUGGCCACUCUAGCUUCCUAGUGGAGGAUCUGAUCCGCAUCAGCCGGCCCCCGGCCUACCUGCCCCGCAGCGUGCCGGCUGCCAGCCUGUCACCUCCUAGGCAGGGGGCCCCCGCAGCCGCCGCCGACUCUGGGUCCUCAGACCUAGGUGACCUGGGUUCCCCCGGUACCCCAGGCACAGGCAGCCGGCGCGGCAGCUCUCCGCAGACUGCCCUCUCCCCUGCCAGUGAGCCCACUUUUCUGAAGUUUGGGGUGAACGCCAUUCUCUCCUCAACGCCCAGAACAGAAACGCCCCCCGCCUUACUUCAGAGCCCCCCUCCCAAGACGUUCGCUUUUCCAUACUUUGAAGGCUCCUUCCAACCUUUCAUCAGAUCCUCCUAUUUCCCAGCUUCCUCUGGCGUCGUGCCUAUCCCAGGCACAUUCUCGUGGCCCCUGGCCGCCCGUGGGAAGCCGCGCCGUGGGAUGCUGCGACGCGCCGUGUUCUCCGACGUGCAGCGCAAGGCGCUGGAGAGAAUGUUCCAGAAGCAGAAGUACAUCAGCAAGCCGGAUCGAAAGAAGCUGGCGGCCAGGCUGGGCCUGAAGGACUCGCAGGUAAAAAUCUGGUUCCAGAACCGACGCAUGAAGUGGCGAAACUCCAAGGAACGCGAACUACUAUCCAGUGGGGGCUGCCGCGAACAGACGCUGCCCACCAAACUCAACCCGCACCCAGACCUCAGCGACGUGGGCCAGAAGGGCCCUGCGGACGACGACGACCCCGACGCUUGCCCGGGUAGCCCCCGGCCACGCCUGGCUUUCCGCGUGUCCCCCAACUCCCGGCGGCCCUCGCCAGCGCGCUCGGGCAGCCCCAGCAAACCCUCGGACUUCUCUGACUCGGAGGAGGAGGGUGAGGAUGAGGAGGCUGAGGAAGAGGAGGAGGAGAUCACCGUGUCCUAG